AUGUCCACACAAGACAACAGCGGCAUCCCCGUGUCCUCGGCCCCAGAUGGUCGAGGCUACAGGCUCUUUGAGCUCCCGCCGGAAGUUGAGUCGGCUCUCACAUCACAAGCUCCCCCAGUCCUAUACAUCAAGCAUCCCGAGGAAGCCUCAACAGCUCAACUGUCCGUUCCCGGUGGCAAGACGUAUGCGCUCCAGCAGAAAAACACGUCCAACGCGCUGCUCAUCCUCUCACCGUCGACUGACGACUCUGUCCCCGGGCUCACUUCCGUCGCCACUGUUCACGACUUUAUCGAACUGUUGCCCGAAGCACCUGGGCCUGAGGCUCGGGGAAACAAGGGCAAGUGGCACGAAAGAUUUGGCAAGAAUCGGUGA